AACCAGAGGAGCGCUUCGAAUAAAAAUAUUUCACGAUUAUUAUUACGAGCCAAGCAUCGCCGUCGCCGUCGUCAUCAUCCGCGCUCUGAGGCGUUUUCUGUAUGCAUGAAAAUUACACAGCCGGGCCAGUCUGGGUCGCAUUUCGUCUAGUGAACGCAACGAGUCAAGUUGUUCGGAAGAGACCAAGAAGUGACUUUAAUACCUAGUUGACCAUUGGCAGAAAGAAAACAGUUUCCACUCACCUAACGCCCGAAGCUCCAAUAUAAAGAGAAGCAAUAAACGUGUGUGCCACUACUACGUCUGGAACCUAAUAGGGUUUGAGUAGUAGGGAAACUUUAACUCCAAAUAAGGGAGAGGAAAAUUCGAGGGAUUGGACCUAUGGAAAAUUUCAAAAGUGAAGUUGCCGAUACGUAAUUGUGUUUUCAGUGAAUGUUUCAAACAAAAUCGACAAGAAAGUGAGUGAAAGGUGAUCCAAAUUACGAAACCAAACCCGUCUGAUCUGUGUAAGGGAAACCCCUAAGGUGUUCUUCAAAGUGAAUGAAGGGUUAAUUAAACUGAGUGCAGACAACUUCGAAGUCCAACUGUAUCAGCAGUGAAGAAACCAUAAGUGGAAUAUAAACAUCACAGGCGAUAUCUCAGAGUUAAAGAGUGACAAAAAUGGCUGUUCAAGUGGAUAAUUUGCUGUUAUCGGAAAUUGGACGUUCUAUAUCGUUGGACACAGCGUCACGCCUGAGAGAAGCCGCCAUGAGUAAGCUCAUCCGCCAGGUAUCGAUCGAAACGCCCGCACCGAAGAUCAAAGAUUGCGUGUUCAAUCUGGUGGUCCCGGUGCCGGACACACCGCCCUCCGGGGCCCGCAUCCUGGUCGUCUACGCUGGGGCAUGCUACCGUAAGAAUCAGUCCACAUCGAUCUCAUCGAUCAGCAGUCAGCUGUCGGAUACGGGUGACAUUACCACGUCGCUGCAUAUGCUGGCCAAACAGAUGCAGAGCGGCAACUGCUCCAGUAUUAGCGAGGAAGGACCAGACAACACAUCUUCUCAGGCUCAUCAGACAUCGGUCGCCAUUCAGCACAAUCCUGCCGCACAUCACGGCGUGCGGGAUGGGGCCCUGUUCCCUGGGUUCGAAGUAGCCGGCGUCAUAGAAUCACUCGGUAGUGAACUGAACGAAGACUGUGGCUUCAAGGUGGGCCAGCGCGUUGUGCUGUAUCCGUACGAGGGCGUUCCCUGCGGCUACAGCGAACUGAUGGUGGUUCCCGAUCUGAAGUAUCUGAUUCCUAUUCCGGACUCGCUGCCACUCAGUGUGGCGGCCACGUUGCCCACCGGUGCACUGCUGGCUCAGAGCGCCAUCGUGUCGGCCCACACGAUCGUGGACGAUCUGCUGCAGAAGCGACCGAACGAGAAGGUGAAAAUUCUGAUCGUCGGCACGGGAGGUUUGGCGCUGUGGGCUAUCCGGAUUGCGGCGCAACACUUCUACACACCUGCCACCAAGGACAAGAUUCAGAUAACGGUGGCCAGCCUGCGGGAUGAGGGUUUCGUUAUGGCGAAGAAAUGUGAAAAAGUCAACGUAGUCCAGUGGAAUGAGGAUCUGUACGAGAAGCAGCUGAUCGAACGCACGCACGACGCCUGCGACGGUCUGGUGGACAUUGUGAUCGAUUUUGGAACGACAUCUCGCAGCUUGCACCGAUCGAUGCAGUGCCUAACCAAGGGUGGCCACGUGUUCAUCAGUGACGAAAUUGCCGAAAAGCUGAUUGUCAGAUUCGCCAAGCGGGCAGAGGAGCGUGGUGUGUUUGUUGAAGUGGUUCCCACUGGUACCGUCGAACAGCUGCACGAACUCGUCAAGCUGGUCGAUUCCGGUGCGAUUGAGCCUCCACCACACACAGUAUUCCCAUCGGAGCAGGCCGCUGAAGUGGUACGCAAAUUGGCCAGUUCAGAGAUUCCUGGACGUGCCAUAUUGAAAUUCCACGACGUCGAGUAAACGGGUCCCAGCGUAAUUGAUAGAGUUAAUAACUUUCUUCUCGUGAGUUCCGAGCUCACUUCCCAGUUAGAAGAACAAUUACUUACAUAAGUAACACUUUAAGAAACAGCAAAUUUAGCGAAGCAUAAAUUGAAAUGUUAGCAGUGACGGAAAGGUGAAGCAAAGCGCUUAUUCAUUCUCAUUUGAUGCAAAUCUCCCAACGCAGUCGAGAUGACUUCAGCUAUCAGCCUAUCAAGAAAGAAAGAUAAAGAGGACGAGGAAGCAUAAAUUAACUAAGCAAAAAUGUAGAUGAUUGCUUAUUACAAAUUCGUACGAUGAAAACCAAAAUUACAUUAAAAUCUAUAAAUGUAUAAUUUAACCAUGAAUAGAACCUUAGCAGCAGAUUAGAUUCAUAAUGAUUGCAGUUAAUCAAACCCCAAUUGGACUAUUUAUUUGUGUUUCGUAUCGGUUACUACAAUCUAUUCAUGUUUAUUCAGUCGAAUAAUGUCUUUGUCUUUCAACAUUACCAAAAAAUCAAUUUGCGUAUCCGUUGCGAUGCGUGACCUUUACUGUUCAGUAAGGUUUCAUAUCUUUUCUCGUUCAAAUGCAUCGAACCGAACCUAUGGUACACAUUUAGUUUCUCUUAAACAGAAAGCGCCCAAAAGGCUAAGGAAACACAAACCGGUGAUCAACUUUCAGGAGAUGUCCGAAAGGGACACAAUAUAAUUAAAUUAUUAAUCAAAUCCUAUAUAAUGGACAUGCACUGAAUCAAUUAAAGAAAGUGAAUGUUUUGGAUCAAGACUAGUGUUAGGCAUGACAAUUUUAGCUUGUUUAUUUUUGUUUGAAAAUGAUUCGGUAUCAAGAAAUUAUUUCUACCCUAGGAUUUUAUGUACAAAGAACCUAAUAAACCUUACGACGAACUAACCAGAAUGGAUCCUUCAGGGAUUUUCGAACACACUCAUCAAAACCAAACCUUAGAAAGUUUUUCUUUUCGUUUUGUGCAGUUUCGUCAGUAAUGUGUUUUCGAUUUUUUUUUUCGGGGAGCUCUUACAAAAAGUAGAAACCAAAUAAAAAAAAGUUUUAGUUAAAAUGUGAUCUAAUUAAUGGGGUCAAAAUUCAUUUGUGAUUUUAUUUAAAUUCAAUACGCGUGCAUCAUUGCAGGUGGAUUGAAAGCUACUCCAUUUAGCCUAUCUUUGUCUACAUCUUCUGAACCAUUUUACGAUUAUUUUUUCAUAUCGGUACGUUUAAAAUGAAAAGAUGGGAUAAUAUUAUUGAAAUGUGGAAAAGAAACGUUAUUUAAAGUUAUGAUAAAUUAAAAACUAAAGGAAACCUACAGCGGAAUGCAAACAAUGAUGAAACGAUAUGUUUAGGAUUAAAAACUUACACUUAAUUAAAUAGCUUAAAAACAAUGAAGAAAACACUGACUAAGCAAGAAAAAGAGGGAGAUAAAAUAUAAAAUAGAAACAAAGCAACAUGUGUAUUAUUGAUUAAUAAUAAAGAACUGUAUAGGAGUUUCAAGAAAAUCAAA